CCCACCAGCCGCAACAUGCCCCCCUUCUAUAUAUUGCAGCCCUCACUUCCCUUUCUUCCCCCAAACGCAAACACCAUCUCUCUCACCAGCGACUCUUCUUCCUCCCCUUCUAGAGUCGCCCGCAACUUGAGUGCGAAGCCUCCAUCCCAGCCGCCUCGCGCCAUGGCUCCCCGAGAGAGGCCCAACCCCGUCGCCGUCAGCCCCAGGCCCCAAGGCGGCAAGGAGAUCCGCUUCCGCGGCGUCAGGAAGCGGCCGUGGGGCCGCUACGCUGCCGAGAUCCGCGACCCUGGCAAGAAGACCCGCGUCUGGCUCGGCACCUUCGACACCGCCGAGGAGGCUGCCCGCGCCUACGACGCGGCCGCGCGUGAGUUCCGCGGCGCCAAGGCGAAGACCAACUUCCCCACUGCGGACGAGCUCGUCGUCGCCGCCCGCAGCCCCAGCCAGAGCAGCACCGUGGAUAACCCCUCCCCGCCCCCGCCGCCGCCGCCAGCGCUGGACCUCAGCCUCGGCGGUUUCCCGUUCGCCACCGCAUACGCGGCCCCGCUUCCGUGCUUCCCCGUCGUCCCGGUGGCGCGGCCGGUGCUCUUCUUCGACGUCUUCUCCCGCGGGGGGCGGGUCGGGGACAACGUCGCCAGGGAUUUUAUACCAGGCCGCCCAGCGGCCGGGAGCGGUGGUGUGAAGAGCGAGUCCGAUUCGUCAUCCGCCGUGGAGUCCGAUGCGAUCCCUCGCAGCAGAUCGUUCCCCGAUCUCGAUCUCGAUCUCAACCAACCUCCGCCGCCUGAGGAGGCUUAGUUUUUUUUUUUUUGGUUUACGUCGGAGGGUCUUUGAUCGGCGGCGGAUUUGCAAAUUUUUCGGUGCGAUUCUUGUUUUCUGUGGUUCGAAGCGGAUCUCCACGUAGAGAGAGAGAUUAGCCUGACAAUUAAUUUCGGUUCGGCGGUUGACGAUGACGACAAAAUUAGACGAUGACGACACCGAUGACUAGAUAUGUAUAUAUAGCCUGAUAAGUUUUAACUCCAGUUUUUUUAGCAGCUGGGAAAUCUGCAAAUGUUUCUCAAUUGCUGUUUUAUUCAUGUUUAUUAUCCCUGUAAUGCGUAUUUCGGAUAUUGGAAAAAUGUCAAGAUCCAGUCUUUUAUGCAA